UGAACAUUCUCAUAGUGUAGGUUACGCUCAAUAACUUAGAGAUUAACAAGAGGUCUUUUAUCGAUGGUAUGUUGAAAGUUCCAUAUUGUUAAAUGGUGAUUAAUUAAUAGUAAUUUAAUAUGCCACAUUCUCUCGUAGCUAUUUUUUUAAUACAUCAGGUCAACAAUGGAAUGAAUCACUAUCUCAAAGAAUGGUCUUAUUUCACGAACUGAUGCUUAACAUCAUUGAUUCUGAAAUACCCACAGGGACUAUGGCAUAAAUAAUGCCCCACUACUAAAUACCGAAUAAGUUGAUUUUAAAUGCAACAAUCACACACUUUCCAGUACCUAACUCAGCGAUGAUAUUGUAUCAGGAAAUGUAUUCUAAUUCCUAUUUAUAGCUCAAUAAUAUACUGUAUUUCUUUUCAAGGCUUUUGCGUGACAAAAAUUUAUCAAGGGGCAUCAUGGAAUGCCACUUAGGUAUUCCUCAUACUAAAUUUCAUACUUUAUUUCAUUUCUACCUUAGGAUGGACAGAAGUACAGUAAUUUGCCUAAUUUAUGGUCUAUGCCACCCUUGAUACAAUCAGUGAUGCAACUUUUGUACUCGGGAUGUGGUAACACUGGCAGGAUAUUAAUUCACAGCGCAGGCGCGGCGGUCAGCUGAUCCCUGGUGUAAACACUGGCUGCUGCAGUACUCGUAUAGUGAUCUUCAGGAAGAGACGUUUAGACAACACGAUAUUACGUGAUUACGUCAGUUGUAUGAUUGUAAUGGACCCAUGACCGAGCCACCAAGAUUCCUUAUUGUUAGAAUAAAGCCUCAAACAUUGUAUUCCAUUAUCAGCUCAAAUCAUGUCUCAUAUAUUAUCAAGAGUGGUUAGCAAGCUGGGUUUUGCAACUACAUUUUUACUGGGAGCAGCAGUUGGUAACCAGGUCAGAAAUCAUAGGUGCCAAGUUCCACUCAUAUCAGAAGGAGGAAGCACAGUGGAGCUUCGACAGGAAUAUGCUGAUGAAUGGUUCAUUGAAGAAAAGCGUAGCAGCAUUAUUGGUAAGAUCUAUGGACACCUUCAAGCUCUUUCUGUCACCACUUCCCCACCUAACUCACUUACGAGAUCAUUUACACAUAUUGGAAAAGCAAUGUGUCAACACUAUCUACAGUGUCGGGGCUUACUGAAGAACUCCUCUGAGCACUGGUUGCAAGACUGGGUUAAUGAAGCAGAUUGGAUAGAUACAGUGGAUUUUUGGACCAGGUUACCCUCUUUGGAAACCUUUCACUCACCAACUUACUCUGCAACCCUGUUUGCUGGAGUGAGGGCAUUGUGGUAUAUGAGCUACUCCGCUGACUUCAAUAAAGAGAACUACUUUCUUGAUGCUGAUCUAGCAGUGACUCUUAAAGAAGUUGUUGAAGAAAAGGAUGAUUAUGCAACUCCACUCACACUCAAGAUCAUAGCAAAUGUCAUUGCUAUGCAAAAAAAUCUUCAUCUUCUCCAUGAAACAGGUUUGCUGGAUACCCUUACGCAUUGUGCAAACAACAAAGAAUCACACAUUUUUCUACCAGCUUGGCGGGGACUGCACAACCUCAAACUAAUUAACAAUAAAGGAUCGGGUCAUGGCGACCUUUAUUUAGAAGGAGUUUACCCCUUUGUUUUGCCAGAUGAGGAAAAGAGUCCUGUCGUAGAUAUCAUUCUGGUUCACGGCAUUAAAGGUGGGGCAGCUUGGACAUGGCGCCAGCAUGACAAGGGGAAACACAAGCCACUCUUAUCUCAGGAAAAGCGCAAGGAGAUCCUGAGUGGGAAGCACAUAGAUGGUAUUGAUGACUUUUACACCUGUUGUUGGCCAUUGGAUUGGUUAGUACCAACACUGAACAUGCCAGUGAGAGUAAUUGCUGUCAACUAUAGAUGUGGGUGGUGGAAGUGGGAGACUGACUGCCCAGUAGAGAGUAGAGGGAAAUCCAUCACAAACCACAGUAGAGACCUAGCAUAUGCACUGAAGGUAGCAGGAGUUGGCAAGCGACCAAUUAUUUGGAUUUCACAUUCCAUGGGCGGCCUUCUGGUGAAAAAUAUGCUGUUGAUGGAUUUACAGAGCAAAGCAUCAGUGGAGGAUAAAGCUCUCGCUGAAGGACACAGCAAAGAAAAAAUUUCCUCACAAGCAAAUGAUGGUGAGUGGGUAAUAAAGAACAGUCUUGCCAGACAGACAGUGGCUACAAUAUUCUUCAGUGUUCCUCACCAUGGUUCUCCAUUGGCUACAUCAGUUACUCAAGGGAUGCUCCGCCAGUUGUUAAGACCAACAACAGAAUUGUUUGAUAUGAGAACAGAUAACCCAGUUUUACAUCACCUUCAUCAGUCUUUUGUGAGUCUGAUGAAAGCACGAGAUAUAGCAGUUCUAACAUUAAAUGAGUCAGAACCAGUAAAGCACAAAACUACGGGCUAUCCAUUACAUUUUGUCCCAUCUGAGUAUGGAGAUCCAGGGGUUGGAGUAUUUCAUGAAGUUAAUGCAACUCACCUUGAUAUCUGCAAGCCGUUAAAUAGAAAAGCAGACUCCUACUGUAAAGUUGUCUCAUUUCUUCAAGCAGCUCUAAGUCAUCCAUGCAGUAGCUGAGGCACCACAAGACAAAAACUCCUGAAAUAUGAGAGAGUUAGCAAUACUACUGGGUAAGAAGCAGAUAAGCUGAGUAAAAUGAGAAGGAAGUGGGAAAGCAGACCUCAAACUUAAGAGUCAGAGGGGGUAGCCAUUUAGGACUCAACUGUCUCAGUUUAUCAUGGUACCAAGACCAUUAUCAAGGACAGUUACAGGCAAAAAACAUACAAAAACGACAAGAAAUAAAGCCUGUUCUUACCUGUCUUCUGGAAACAUGCCAUCUGCAAGGGCCACUGUAAACAUCCUCACAUGAUCUGCCAAGAUUCUGUAGGCUGUAUCUAAACAACGACCAUCUUCACUGAAUUUUCCCGUAUAUGCUGAUCUACCGCUCAUCUGCCCAAAACAGUUGUACAGUACAGGUAUAUGUUAACUCUUAGAUAUUUGCAAUUUUUAUUAAUUUUGCUAUGCAGAAAUAUCUUGAAUAGAUUGAUUCAAUACAUGCCAAGUACAGUAUUCUAUGUUGUACAGUAUAUCAAUGAUAUGAACUAAGUAUCUGGGUGUCUGAUAGGCUCCUUUUACAAGAUUAUUUGAAACUAAAUAUCUAUCCACCUAGUUUUGGUUAGAGAUUUUACAUUUACACAGGACAUAGUUAACAAUUCUUGAAUUGUAUGAAAUCAAUUUCUUGCCAUGUAUGAAUUAACUUAUUUAAAUAUGAUUUUUACACUGUUCUUUUAACCCUCUCGCUGCUGGAUGAUGAAAUAUUUGUCGCUCAUUUCAGUGCACACAGGAGGACUCAGAGCAGCUGAGAUCCCAUACUCCACUCAGCAGGCUAACUCCAGAGAUAAAAAAAAAUUAUUAUGCCAUUUGUGUUUUUGACCUUUUUUUUUCUCUCAUAUUCUGAAUGUAGGAUAUGUGCAUGUAACAGUAUUAAAAAAAAAAAAACAUUAAGAAUAUUA